CGGGGGCCGGCGGCGCCGAGAUCUCGCCGAGGGCAGCGGGAGGCCGAGCUGGCUGUGCGGCGCGGGGGCCGACGGGGGCGCGGGGUCUCCGCGGCGGAAGUGCCUAGCCCGCCAGAGGAAACGCAGCGGGCGCCGAGCGGCCGAGCCGGCGGGAAGGCCCGGUGCUUGCUCCUCGGCCCGGCGGGGGCUCCUGGGAGCAGACGGCAGCGGCACCGCGGCUGCGGGACACGCCGUGGCCACUUCCCGGGACGGGCCCCGGGUGGGGAGGAGGACCCGAGGAGGCCGCGCCGAGGCCAGGCGGCGAGCUCGGAGGCCCUGAGGCCCGGGCCGCGGCACAGCCCCCACAUGGCCUCCGGAGGGGGCGCGGCCUUCGAGGAGCUGCCGCACGACGGCACAUGUGACGAGUGCGAGCCCGACGAGGCUCCGGGGGCCGAGGAAGUGUGCCGAGAUUGCGGCUUCUGCUACUGCCGCCGCCACGCAGAGGCGCACGGGCAGAAGUUCCCCCGGCACCACCUGGCCGAGUACGUCCACGGCGCCUCGCAGGCCUGGGCCUCGGGAGCCCGGGAGCGCGGGGGGGGGGAGCAAGAAGACGAGGCCCAGGUGGAAAACGAGAAGGCCGUAGAAAGCGAGGCUGGGGAAGAGAGCGAGUCUGAGGAAGACAGUGAAUCUGAAGAGGAGAGCGAGACGGAGGAAGAGAGCGAGGACGAGAGCGAUGACGAGAGUGAGGAAGACAGUGAGGAAGAGAUGGAAGAUGAGCAGGAGAGCGAAGCAGAGGAAGACAACCAGGAAGAGGGAGAAUCCGAGGCAGAGGGAGAAACUGAGGCAGAAAGCGAAUUUGACCCAGAGAUAGAAAUGGAAGCAGAGAGAGUGGCCAAGAGGAAGUGUCCGGACCAUGGGCUUGAUUUGAGUACCUAUUGCCAGGAAGAUAAGCAGCUCAUCUGUGUCCUGUGCCCAGUCAUUGGCGCUCACCAGGGCCACCAGCUCUCCACCCUAGACGAAGCCUUCGAAGAACUAAGAAGCAAAGACUCAGGUGGACUGAAGGCGGCUAUGAUAGAGUUGGUGGAAAGGUUAAAGUUCAAGAGCUCAGACCCUAAAACAGUGAAGAGUGAGAGGAUGUGUACAAAUCACACUGAGUGGCUUCUGUGCGUAAUGAUGAUACAGGUAACCCGGGACCAGAUGAAGGUGUUUAUACAGCAGGAGUUUAAGAAAGUUCAAAAAGUGAUUGCUGAUGAGGAGCAGAAAGCCCUUCAUCUAGUGGAUAUCCAGGAAGCAAUGGCCACGGCUCAUGUGACUGAGAUACUGGCAGACAUCCAAUCCCAUAUGGAUAGGUUGAUGACUCAGAUGGCCCAAGCCAAGGAACAACUUGAUACCUCCAAUGAAUCAGCUGAGCCAAAGGCAGAGGGUGACGAGGAAGGACCCAGUGGUGCCAGUGAAGAAGAGGACACAUGAAGGCCUGCCAUCCCCAGUGGAAAAUCAUCCCUUCCCCGUGUGUGUAUGUGACAGCGUGUAUGUAACGGCUUCUGAUUCCUGAUUCCUGUGAAAGCUGCCCAGCAACAAACGUACUCCGCCAGAUACGUCCCCAGAUCCACAGCAGGCACUGUCUCUCCAAGGGAAGACCAGUUUUAACUGUUACUGACUGUGCUUCUCAUUCUCUUGUCGUGGUAGGUCAAGGAAAAGUGCCCCUUUGAUCAACCAGGAGCAAUUAAAGGGUCUUUCAGGUAAUCCCUCAAUGGCUGCUUUGAACUUACUCAGGAAAGGCAGCCCCUGUAAUAUGGUGUACCCAAACAGUAUCACUUCAUUAGGAAGGAUCUGGAAUAAUCUUGAAGGGCGGUCAGAAUUUAUUUCUCUAUCUGCUAGUAAACCCCACUUUAUUCAUAUUGAAGCAUGAAAUAAAUGAGGGCAAAGUAGGACCAAAUCAGCCCAUGUAGGUAGUCUCUAAAAGUCCAAUUACACAUCUGUGAAAAUGUGGUUUCAUGAAUUAAGAUGGAUGGCUUGAAAACAGAGAAAGAGUUAAAAGUUAGAAAUAUAUAGAGGUAUUUUUAGUACAUGAGGUUAUCCAGGACUUCAGAUUCAUAAUUCAGUGCUGUGGAAAUGAAAAAAAAAAAAUUGAAGAGGUAGAAAGGAAAUGACUGUUUAAAAAAGCCGGGGAGUUGGGGGGUGUUGGGGAACCAAAGAGAACUGAUUAAAAGUUGAAAUCAGUAUUUCUGAACUCAAAUUGCCUGAAUUUCCAAAGUAAUCACUAAAGGAUCUGAUGGAACCUGACUUAAUUUGUGUUGAUUCCUAGGCUUUAUGGGUCUUGUCACAACAUGAAAGGCUAGAAUGUGUAUUACCCAAUGGGAGAUUUCAGUGUAGGUUUUUGCUCCCACUCCUCUAGCUUAGCCUAACUUGGCUGAAAUGCCUUGGGGGAAUUCUUGGCCCUCUGUGGUGUGCCAACCAAGCUCCGCCUCCCAGCAGGUACAUCUUCCUUUUACUCCAGCCAGGACCCCCUUCCCCUAGCACCCCUCCCCACAGACCUCCAGGUCAUCUCCCACACCCUAGCUCUUGCCUCUUAAGUAGCAUGAGCAGAGACACACCGUGGUUGGACUCUGGCCUUUCUGCCCUCCCAAAUCAUACUUCCUUACAACCACAUUUUUUACUCUCAAGCAAGCUGUGAUGUACCAGGGAACACAAAACUGCAAGCCAAAAAACAUGCAUCCCCUGAAACAUCAGUUCUACUCAACAAAUGGUUUGGAGUCAGAGAAUGACGUUAUUUUUGGAUAAAAUGAGCAGUUACAUUAUGAAAUAGAAUGUUCAUACACAUAAACAGUGAAGAUAAAAUGGGAGAUUUCACAGAGAAUUUUUAUUUGCAAUUAGAGUAUGUGUUCCCUUUCCCCUGCCUUUAGUGGUAUUUUGGUGUUCACUUCUGAGAAGUACAAUUGGAAAUAUAUCCAAGCAGCCUUGGGGUUUCUGCUGACUCAGGGCCUAGACUUCAGUGCCUCUGAGGCAGAACCAAGGGAGUCUGCACUGGGGGAAUCCCUCUCUGCCUGCCCGCCCACCCGCCCGCCUGUGACUGUGUACCUAUCACAAAGCUUUAGGGCCAGCUGAUGUGUGUGUGCAGGAUGGUUUUGAGGCAAAAACAAUACUUAACUGAAUGAAUCCUAUUUAUAUCAUUGUUCAAUCCUGUGCAUGCUAUGAAAUGAUUAUUUCUUUGAGGCAUAUAUGCUUCUGGGUUAGGAUUACACUAGCUCACUAACAUGUCAGGAUGUUGGGACUGAGGGAAGUGUGGGCUGAUUUUUUUUUAAGUACUUUUCUCUCAAACUGGUGGCCAACAAAUGGCUAAGACAUUUCUGGUGCUUCACCUUUGUGCUUGCAAAGAUGGGAGAAUUUGGCAUACUGCUAAUUACAACCCCAAGCCACAUCCAAUGAAACUACUCUUAAAGGACCACUGGCCACUCUUAAAAGAGCUUAAAAAUCAGAAGAUUAAUAAGACUUUAGGAUUUAGAAGCUUGUGUUGUCUUUCCCCAAUAAUUAUUGUGUAAUCUCCAAGUAGUAGCCUUAUCUUAGCAGUGGAUAGAUCAUUGGCUCCUCUGUACCUGAUCAUAUGUUAUUACUUUAAAUCAGUAUUUGGGAAACCCACGCAUUUAUGCAAUGGAUAUGAACGGAAAUAUAAAAAUACGUGCUAGCCUGUCUCAAUGAAUUAUCGUAUAUGUAAUCCUCAAGGAAAGCACUUUUGCUUUUACUUAGAAAGGAUUCCAGAUUUGCUUUAUGGGCUCCUGCUGUCUUCAGCACCUGAUAAAACUUUAACCAGGGAAGCAUUAAACACAGUGCAGCAGCUUCUGCCCAGGCUCCUGAGUUCCUGCUGGCAGCAUUUGUCAGUAUAAGAACUAGGAUGCUGCCUGCAGUGGCACCAGCUUCUCCUAAAGUUGGAGCAUGUUGCUCAGCCUUACGCCCCAGUGUGACGAGGCUUCCCUCCUGCCAGGGCUGUAAGAGUUAGAGUGCUCAAAAUUGUGUCCUGACUAGCUGAAGACUGGGUGUGUAGAAAUCCCUAGAGAGAAGUCAUCUAGGGAGGCAGUUAAAGAAUGUCUUCUGAAUGAAUUGGAUCCUCACAGCAAUCCCUGGCUGCUUCCCAAAGAUUGGGUAUCUGGAGGCCAAGAGGGGGUUUGUCCUUUGAUUUGAUGUCAUUAAAUCCAGGGCACAUCCAAGAAAUGCUUAGAGUCUUUGCUCUGACAGCCCAAAAAGGGAAAUGACUUAUAUUGAGGACCAACUGUGAGCCAGACCCUGUACUCAGGCCCCAUUUCUCAGAUGAUAGUACAGAUUUGGAGGGCAAGAGUCACUUGCCUUGAGUUACGCAGCUAGGAGAUACUGGAGCCAGAUUUUGUACCCAGCUCUUCCUAACUCUGUGUUUGCCUAAAACACGGGGAGGAAAAAGGCUGCAGUUUGCCCCACUGCAGUCUGACCAUCUCACUUUAUGGAUUCUUUUUCAAAAUUACAUUUCAUGGCUUGUAGUUCAGGCUCUGAAAUGGCAUUGGGGUAGCCUUCUUCUUCCACUUUAGCAGACACAUUAGGUACACAUUGCUAACUUGAGCCUGCCCCCAAGAGUUGGGGUGAGGGGGGCCUUUCCUUUUUGGUGUCAUCCCCCAUAAAUAAAGUGUUUCUAGGCUUCCAGGUAUAGAACUUCUCAGAAAUAUGGAAAGCAAAGGGUGUUCUGCUAACUUGAACUGAAAAUGUCUGCUGCUACACUGCUGCAGAAAGGAAGUCUUCAUAUUUUAGUAAACCUAGCCAGUCUGUGCCCAGUGAGGAUGUAGUCAUUCAAAGUCCAGUGACUCUAGACUUUCCUACUAAUACCUGAUGUGUGUUUGUACACACACACAGAGAUGGUAUGUGUGUAUGUGUAUAUACACACAUACAUACACACAUGUAAUUUAACAACUAAGGGAAAUUCAAAGCAGCCCCCUCAUUAUCUCGCAUACAACUGCAGAGGUUUCUGCCAGCCCUGAUUACAAGUGUCACCAGAUAAUUGGAGCUUAGGAGCUUGCUUACAAGAUGCUUACAAGAAGAGCAACUCCUUGGCAAAGGUUGUCAGCUCCUAAAGCACUGAGCCAAAGUGACAGCCCUGAAGGAAAUUGCACUCCAGCCCUACUCCAAGAUGUCUAAUGAUAUGGGAAAUUUGGAUACCUGACCAUUUUGGUGAUCUGAGAGUCUGAUCACUCCAGUCAGGCCUGUGGGCACAGCUGCAGAAUUCACAACUGGUAGGAUGGCAGGGCAGGGCUCUGGAAAUCCUCUCCUCCACCUAGAAAAUACUCUCUUGCCGAUACCUGAAAUUUCACGCUCAUGUAAUAUCUAUCUGUUCAGUGCAUGCUUUUCCAUAAGAAAAUCAGUUGCAUGUUUACUGUGUGCCUAGCACACCUGGAAUUUUCUGUUUAAAAAACAAAUCUAUCUCAUUAUGGGUGGACUCAGCCCAGCUCUGAGAGAAAAGAAGGCCUAUAGGGGAGGCUUCAGAUCUCAUUAAUAUUACCUUACUAGGCGGUGUUUCUGAACCCGAACUCCAGCCUGUUCUACGAGCCAUAAGGCCCAUGCAGCCCUGCCCUCUGGGGGCCUGCCUAAUAAAACAGUAGCAUUUGGAAUUUAAGAACACACCGGAAACAGCAGGACAAGUGUCAGAGCAGGAAAAUAAAAAUAAAUUAAGACCCCUGUGGGUAUAAUGGUGCAAAGAAUGCCACAGAGCCCAUGCUGGGCUUGAUAUGACCUUGAGGGGACAGUAGAUUUAUCCUCAGUGGGAGUUAAACCUGCCCAGUCUUUCUGUAGUGACAGGCCACUGCGUGGGUGGGAGAGCCAGCAAGCCCGCUGUCCUCUGCCUGCUGUCCUGUGCAGUCACAUUCCCUCCUCAGUCAUCGUCCCCUUUCACCCUUUACAUUAAACAAGGGAACACUAAAUCUUUCAAGGGAAUUACACGUUUGAGUUAAUGUUUCAGUAUAUCAUUUUCAUACUGUAAAUUAUUUUGUAAAAGAGAUUUACUGCUAUCCCAGAAUGUUUGGACUCAGCGCCCCUGUGCAUUUGGAAAUCAAUAAACUAUUACUGGAAAUACCA